GGAUGGGAUCAGUCCGAUAAAUUUGUUAAAUUAUACAUCUCUCUCAGUGGAAUCAAUGCUUUGCCAAAAGAGCAAAUUAAUGUCACUUUCACCUCCAGCUCUAUUAGUCUUUCUGUCGUCAAUUUCAAUAACAAGAACUAUGCCUUAAAUAUAAAGGGACUCUUUGCUAAGAUCGUUCCAGAAUCGAGCACAUUCAAGGUGAAAACAGAUGAUAUCGUCGUGAGUAUGAAGAAAGAGAAAACAAGUGAACGCUGGUCUCAUUUAACAAAGUCGGAGGUCAAAGAGACAGUUAAGCCAGAACUAAAUUCAAAUGAAGAUCCUUCUAAAGGUAUUAUGGAUAUGAUGAAGAAAAUGUAUGAUGAAGGCGAUGAUGAAAUGAAGCGAACCAUUGCUAAAGCGUGGACCGAAUCGCGAGAUAAAAGCAUGCAAGGACUAGCAUAG